CAUGUUGACAUUGGACCGCCCUCUCACAGAUAAACUGCGCGUUUUUAAACUAGACUAUAUAGAGCUAGUUCGUGCAGUGAACUCAGAAUUCGUGAGAAUGGCUGGAAACGUGAAAAGGUUUUACAACCUGACAGCUAAGCUGCUGUCUGGAGAAAUGUUGAGUUUCUCUGCACUGAAGGGGAAAGUUGUGCUCAUUGAGAAUGUGGCGUCUCUAUGAGGAACAACAACCAGGGACUACACUCAGAUGAACGAGCUCCACAGUCGGUACUCCGCCAAGGGACUCGUUGUUCUGGGUGUGCCCUGCAAUCAGUUCGGACAUCAGGAGAACUGCAAGAAUGAUGAAAUCCUCAAUUCUCUGAAGUAUGUCCGUCCAGGAAAUGGCUUUGAACCAAACUUCCAGCUCCUGGAGAAGGUGGAUGUGAAUGGAAAGGAUGCCCACCCUUUGUUUGUCUAUCUGAAGGACAAGCUUCCGUACCCCAGCGAUGACGCCAUGGCUCUCAUGACUGAUCCAAAGUGCAUCAUCUGGAGUCCCGUCAGUAGGAACGACGUCUCCUGGAACUUUGAGAAGUUCCUGGUCGGUCCUGAUGGCGAGCCCUACAAGCGCUAUAGCAGGAAUUUCCUCACAAUUGAUAUUGAGGCAGAUAUUAAAGAGUUACUCAAGAGGGUGAAUUAAAGUGUGCUACAACACGUUCUGGGUGGCUGUUCAAGCAUAUCAGUUAUGACCAGCCUGGCUAAAAAUCAGUACACAUCUGUUCAGGGCGUUUUAUCACAUUUUCCCACCUUCACAGUUUAAGUAAAUUGCAGCUCUUCUAAGUUUGUGAUAUUUCCAGUGCAGUACACUAUGGUUGUUCAGCCCAUUUACUCAAUGAAGACACUCCUUGAAACCUUUCUGUGAGGGGAGUUUCUGAUGAAGAUGUAAAAGACUGACUGUGCCACUGUGUAUAGCUCAUAUCACAAAUAUAUUCAUUGGGUCGACUUAAAGCGAAGAAAUAAAGAUUUAAUUUUA